UCUUGCUGGGACGUUCAUUUUUCCCGGGGAACACACGACUUGAAGGACACGCUUGCGGCAGGCUACACUUGAAUAUCCCCCAACGCAAAAACAAGCAGGAAUUACUCUGGGACCGACUGGACAAUCCGAAAUGCAAACCGAUUGCUAUACAAAAGAAGACCGGCUACAGCAUAAUCAAUCAAUCAAUCAAUCAAUGAACUAAGAAAAGGAGAGAGGGAUUCUAAACGCGAAUAGUCGCAGGGUGUUCGUUUCAUAAACUGGAAAGCGUUCAGAAAAAAAGGCGAAUAGAGCGCGUUGACAACGGGGAAGCGCUUUAUUUUAAAUGCGCAGCCGGCUUCUGCGUACGCUUUUGUUUCUCUAUUCAAGGUGACACAGCGCUCACCUACAGACCCGAAGCCCCCGCUGUUUCUGUUGAUAAAGAGCCGAGCUGUUCCCACUGCUGUAUGAGCGACUUGCCUACAUAUGAACUGUCGUCUCUGAAGCGGAAAGGAAACAUAUCUGGACAAAAUGACACCUCGCCGUUCAGGAUAACUAAGUGGACCGUCUACAUUUUGCCCGGAUUUUUUAAAUAAUCUUUCACCCCCAUUUCGAUUAGUAUGCAAACCAUGCCUCGUCAGUGGAUUUUACAAAGAACUGUUCACUCCCAUCGGAAGCGUUUCAAAUGAUGCGCGGUGACAUUACAAUGGAAAUUUCUGCAGCUCGCAAAGUUAUAAGAAUAUAACCCACUCUUCCAUUUACAGAUAAAAUCGCAAGGAUGACUGAAGCUUUGUCGUCGUCACAGGCGCUCUAUAUCGGCAUGGAGGUGGUGAUCGCGGUGUCGUCCGUGAUCGGGAACGUGAUGGUGGUCUGGGCUGUGAAAAUCAAUCGCUCACUGAGAGACACAACUUUUUGGUUUAUCGUUUCGUUGGCCUUGGCUGACAUUGCCGUUGGAGCACUCGUCAUUCCCUUGGCCAUAACUAUCAGCAUUGGACUGAAGACGCACUUCUACAGUUGCCUGCUUGUGGCAUGCACGGUCCUGGUGCUGACGCAAAGUUCAAUCUUGGCCCUCCUGGCUAUUGCAAUCGAUCGCUACCUAAGGGUCAAGAUCCCCCUCAGCUACAAGCGGGUGGUGACACCGCGGAGGGCCGGGGCGGCGGUGGUGCUGUGCUGGGCAGUGUCGAUCGUGGUGGGCCUCACCCCCAUGCUGGGCUGGAACAACCUGGAGGCUCUGCGGGAGAACCGCUCCCACGACGACGACCUGGUCAUCACCUGCCAGUUCGAGAACGUCAUCAGCAUGGACUACAUGGUCUACUUCAACUUCUUCAGCUGGGUGCUCCCGCCCCUGCUCCUGAUGCUGGUCAUCUACGCCGAGAUCUUCUACAUGAUCCACCGGCAGCUGGGCCGCAAGGUGUCGGCGAGCCACCUGGACCCCAGCAGGUACUACGGCAAGGAGCUGAAGCUGGCCAAGUCCCUGGCCCUGGUCCUCUUCCUCUUCGCCCUGGGCUGGCUGCCGCUGCACGUCCUGAACUGCAUCACGCUCUUCUGCCCGGCGUGCCACAAGCCCAUGAUCCUCACCUACACGGCCAUCCUGCUCACCCACGGCAACUCCGCCGUCAACCCCGUGGUCUACGCCUUCCGCAUCAAGAAGUUCCGCACCGCGUUCCUGCGCAUCUGGAAGCAGUGCCUGUGCUGCCGCGACGACGGCCACAUGAAGACCCGCCCCAGCGAGCGAUUGGACAGCCUGAUCCGGCGGCACCAGCAACAGCACCACGACGACAUCUGAUUGGCU